AUGGUUAUCAAAUUCAUAUAAAAAUUUUUAUUUGUUAUUCUAAUUUAGCAAAUUUAGAAAUCUUUUUCAACUAUUAUAACUAAAGCUAUUCAGACAGAUUUAAAAGAGGCUUCUUGCGUGGCUUCAUUAACCGAUACAAGAUCAUAGAUUGGAUAUUUGCUAAAUGAUUUGUUAGAUAAUCCAUAAUAAUAUAACUACAAAGCUUUAGGAAUAUCUAUGUGGUUUUAUUACACCGCAACUUAAACUUCGCCCAAUUAUUCAAGCAUAUUUGGUCUUUCACAUGACUUCAAAUAGCCAUUACAAAACAGCAAGAGUGUUUUAUAGUUUUGGAUAUAUCUUUAAGCAACAUCUAACUAGUUACUUUUUGAAAGCUUAUAUUUCUAAUAAUCGUAAGGAUUUCCUUAUACUAAAAUUGCAUAGAGCCAAAGCUCUUUUAUGAAUGUUUGGAGAAAAGCUAUUAUUGUUUAUUAGCCUAUUUAAAAAAAAGCCUACUUAAGAAUUUAAGACUAAAAUAAAUAAAAUAAUUUAGACUUUUCAUUAGAUUUAUCAAGCCUUAAAAACUAUAUCAUUCACUUUUAAUCAGAUGGAAUUAAUCCAAAUAAUAACGUUUGGCUUAAUCUAGAUCAUGGCACUUAGGAUCCAGCCUUCACAAACUCUUGUUCAAAAUAAAAAUAUGCGAUGUUUCAUUACUCAAAUGAUGAAGAAUUCUCAAUAUAGGAAAUAUAAAAUAUAUAUUUUGAUUACUAUAGCUUUUAAGGAUAUUCUCCUUUCUACUACUUUCCUUUAAAAAGGUACUCAAAUAGUUAAAUUAGUGACUAAACAUAGGCUUUUAGUAGAUAUAAAAAUCUAUAUAUGCCUUCUAUUAGCGAAGCUGUAAUUGGCUCUUAAAAUUCAAACUAGUUAUCUUUUAAAAUUGAUUCUAAUGAUUAUAAUUUAUACAUACCUCAGUUAACACCAGGAUAAACACUUAGUUUUAAUUUGAUCUAAGCUACUUAUCAGUUUGUAGUGAGCUUUGUACUUGAGUAUGGCAAUUUAAGCAAUGGAAUUACUUUAAUAUCAUCUGGAACAUAGCUUUCUAUAUAAGCUAUUGUUUCGCAGAGCUAAAAUAUUUUAUAAGUUUUGUUGAAUGGAUAAGCUUAAAUCUAAACUUGGGUUUUAGGGUAAACAGGUAGUAUUCACACAUUUUUAAUAAAAUUUGGAUCAAGUUUAGCCUCAACUUCUAUUACAUAUUUUGUUGAUGGAAAUUAAAUAAAUAACUUUAUCUUCAACUCUAGUUAAAUGUCUUUUUCAUCUUUCUAAAUUGGUUCUUAAACAAAACCUUCAAAUUAGCCAUAGGAUGCAGACAUUUUUUAAAUUAGAGAUUUUUACCUUUUUCCUAAUGCAGAUGCUAAAAAAUCAUCAGAUUAUGCAAGUGAGCCUGAAUUUUAGUUAUAAAAUUGUAAUUUAUAUGCCCAGUUUAACUAUAAUAGUGCUUAUUGCCUUAGCUGUGCAAGCGGUUAUGUUUAUUAGUUCUAAGGCUCCUGUUCUUAAACUCAAGCAGGAUCUGUAUCUGAUGGAUUAACAUAAUAAUCUAACUCAUUUUAUGGAGAUAGUGUAGGAUAAAUAGUAGAAAGUUCAUUAAAUCCUUAAACACAACCAUUAACCUACUUUUAUCAAAGACAAGAUAACAAUUUUGACUUUUUGAUUCUAGGAUACUUUUAGCUGUAGCAAUGGAAUGAUAAGCAAUUAAGCACAAGCUUAAUAUAUUUGCAAGUUAAUUAAACAAAUUCUUAUUAUUUUUUGAAUCUUUAUUUAGAGAGUAGUACUAAAGUAACACUAAAGAUGACUUUAGAUAGUGCAAAUCUUGUUUGUUCUGUCAGCAUAACUUAUUCAAGUAGCUUAUUAAAUUAAUGGACUUUAUUAGGUAUUGGAUAUUAGACUUCAUCUGCUAGCGCUUAUCUUGUUUAUUAAGAUAUUUAUAGUAGCCUCAUACUUUAACAACAGGUUCUAUAAUGCACAGGAAAUGUCUCUGUUGGAAGCGAUACCAAUUAGUUUAUUGUAUGUCUUGGUUGUUUGAUACCAAAUCCAACCUUAUACAGCUAAUUCGUUGGAAAUAUAAAAAAAGUAAAAUUUAUUGAAAAAUUUGAAGGCUAUUAAAACAUUGGAAAUUAUGUUUACUAUGAUUAAGAUGUGAUGGAAUAUAGUGCAAUAAAUUUAAACUAUUAAAAUAUCAAUUCACUUUUAGAUUUGUUUUCUCUUAGUUUACCAGGCUUAUCAUUUGCUUGCUAAUCAGGGUAUUACUUCUUCGAAGGAGUGUGCAUAAAAAACUGUAAUUCUGUAUUCCGCUAAAGUUAAUUAGGUUAAUUUAAUGCCCUCUAUUAAAGUACAAUCUCAUGUGAAAUGUGUCCUUCAAAUUGCUUAAGCUGUACAUCAUUCAAUGUUUGCACUAGCUGUAGAGUUGGUUAUAUUCUAAAGGCCAAUUAAUGUGUAACUUGCAACUCAGGUUAUUCCUACGAUACAGUUUCGCAGUAGUGUAAAUAAGUAUGUCCAAGUAUUACAGAUUAAAUGAAUGGAAUUUGUGUAUAAUAAUUAGAUACUUAUAUUCAUAAAUCUUUACCAUUACUAAAUAUGUAAUGGACAACUAAUAAUGAUGGAUUUUAAAUUCUUAACAGCGACAAUACUUCCUAGCCAGAUAACUUCAUAAAAUGCACUAAUGGAAUACCUUAUCAAUUUUUUUCAUUUUAUGGUGGUUAUCUUCUCACUUCAACUAAUAAAAUCUAAAGAACAUGGAUGAAUCUCCCAAACAAUUAUUAUAAAGUUGUUUCUUUCUAUGCUGUUUUAUAUGGAGAUACUCCAACUGAUAGUAGUUUAAAAGUUACUCUAAAUGGAUAGUAAACUAGUAGCACUGUUUUUAAUAUCAUUUAAAGUGGAGCAAAUAUUUGUAAUACGAGUAAUAACGCAUAGAAAUAAACAAUUAUAUUUUUAUAAUAUGAAAUUAUGGAUAAUGCAAAUUAGUUAAUUUUAACAGUUUAGCCAAGUAAUAAUGGAAUUGCUAUCAGAAACGUAAACUUAUUAGUAAAAAAAUGUCACUCAUCUUGCUACUCUUGUAAAGAUGGACCAAACCCAUGGAAUUGUAUUUUGUGCUAAAGCAAAAAUAAUAUGAGAGUAGAUAGUCAAUGCAUUUGUCAACUAGGAGAGUAUUAUAAAUAUUAAGGAUGUUACUCUAGUCCAUGUUAUGAUUGUGUAAAAUGUGUUUCACCUAACUGUUAAGUUUGCGAAGAUGAAACAGGCAAUUGCUUAGUUUGUAAUUCUGGAUACGUUUAGCAAUAAGGAAAUUGUGUCCAGAUUUGUGAUAAAACAUAAUUUUAUUUCAAUUACUCUCCAGCAUAAGUAUGUUAUGUGUAAAAUACCCUUGCUCUAGAUUCAUUUUAACAAAGCAGAAUCAUUUCUAAUCUGGAAUUCUGGUCUGAAUCAACAAACUAUUUAGCUCAAGGAUAGAGCUUAUUAUCUUGCCUUAAUAUGACAAUGUUACCAAAUCUAGGAAAUAAUGCAGGAACAAAUGAGCAAUUUAGUUUAAACAUAAAUCUCCCUUAAUUUAAGAGUAAUUAUAAAGGUUUUCAGUUUAAUACUUAGCUAGCUAUUCUUGAUAAUAUGACACUAAGUUAUGAUUAUAUAUUAUUUUAGUAUUAAGGAACUACUGUUUAAAAAAAAACAUUUGGUAUCUUCAGUAAUACUACUAAUUCUUGUGCAAACCCUAAAUUUAGUGAUAGCCUCUAAAAUUUCAUUUUUUCAGUAUAUAGUGGGAUAGGUACAAUCAACUUAAAUAUUGUCUCAAAUUUCUAAAAUGAUAAAUCAAAUGCAAGUUUUUCUCUUGGUGAAUUCAAAGCUUACUACAUUUUAAAUGAGCCACUUUGUGCGUCUUAUUCAUACCCUUAAAACAAUGCCAAUCCUACUUGUUAAACAUGUGCACCAAAUGCCAAACUUACGAAUAAUGCUUGCGCAUGCAAUGAUGGAUAUUAUUUUAAAUAUAUUCCUAGUAAAUUAGAUGGAAUCUGUUUACCUUGCAAUCCAGCUUGUAGCAGAUGUUCAGGACCAUCUGUUUAUAGUUGCAGUACUUGUUAGACAGGUUAUUUUUAUGACGGGCAAAGGUGUAUAAAAAGCUGUUCUGAAGGAUUCUAUUAAAAUAGUACAAAUAAUUGCGCUCCUUGUGGUCCAAAUUGUUUUGGAUGUACUGGCCCUAAAGAUUAUUAAUGCACUAGCUGUUAAAUAGGGAAAUAUUUGUACAUUAAUAAAUGUUACAGUGAUUGCAAGACUGCGGACAGUAAAGCAGUAGUUGAUAAUUGGUCUAGAUCAUGCAUAAUACCUUAAAAUUAACCAGGUUAACUACUUUUUUCAACAUCUGACUAAUUCGAUCCUAGUAUACUUUUACAGUACAAAAUAAGUUCAGGAUUAAAUAGUAAUACCAUCUAUUAAUGUUAAUAAUCAUCCAUGCUAGGGUUAUAUAGUCAAACUAUGAGCAUGUUUAUGUAAUAAAUCAGUCCUCAUUCUAUUUUAUUAUUCAAUUUUUAGCUUUAUUUGAAUGUGGAUUGCUCAUCAGGAUGUAAGUUAACUGUUACUAUUUAAGAGCUUUAAAAAAGUUAAAGUUAUUCAAUCUCUUCUCCUAAGGUAGAUUGCACUCCUUAGUCAACACUCUCUCAGUAAUUGAUCUUAUAAGACAUAUAAAAUUCAUCAUAAGAUUAUACAUUUGUAAUUGGAGUUACUGGCUCUGAAUUUGCAGUUUCUAAUAUUUAAAUUACUCCAAUUACUUGCCAUGUUUCAUGCUUGUAUUGCACAGGUCCACUCAGUAACUAAUGUACUUAAUGCUAUCCAGGAUCAGCUAUUUAAGGAUAAGGUAGCGUCGGAUCAUGUAUUUGUUAAGAUAAACUACUGGGUUUAGGAUUAUCAACAACGAUUUGUAGUGAUCCUCAAGGAUGUAUGACUUGCUAACAGUGUAUGCUACCAUGUCUUUCUUGCUAUAAAAAUGAUGCUUUAUCUUGUCUUACAUGCUCUUAGGGUAAAUCUCUAUUUGUUAGUACUUGUGUAGAUUCUUGUCCUCCAGAUAUUUCUAUUCCUUCUUUAGAUUCCAAUAACAAUAAUAUAUGUUCUCCUUGCCCAAUACCUUGUCAAACCUGCGAUUUAAAGUCACGCUGCACAAGCUGUAUUUCUGGAUAUUUAUUCAUUGCAGAUUAAUAAUUAUGUGUUACAUAAUGCCCAGAUGGUUACUUCUAACCAAGUGAUACCUCUAAUUAUUGCUAACGUUGUGGAGAUAUUUGUAAAACCUGUACCUAAAGCAGUAAUAAUUGUCUAAGUUGCAUCGAUGGAUAUUACUUCUCUUAAGAUCCAGUAUUAGGUAAUUAAUGCAAUAUUUGUGAUUCGAGAUGCCAAACUUGUACUGGACCAUCGAAUACCUAAUGCAUAAAUUGCUCAACUUAACCUGGUGUGGUUUUAUUUAAACCUUAAAACAUUGAAUAUUGCUCUAACACUUGUGAUGAAGUCCAGGGAUAUUAUUUAGGCUAUGAUUAGAGCUAAAACCUAAAAUGUAUAAAUUGUGCACCAAAUUGCUCAGGAUGCAACAGUUUAAAUCCUGAUACUUGCACCUCUUGUUUUUAAGGAUAUACUAUUAUUGAAGGAAUCUGCUCUGCCUGUGAUUCAUCUUGCUAUAAUUGUAAUGGAAUUACAAAAUAUAAUUGUAUUUAAUGCUCUAACUAAUUGUAUCUUCUGAAUAACUAAUGUAUUCAAUAAUGUCCAUAAGGUUAUUUUAGUUAGUCAGAAAUUAUUUCAGGAGUAUAAAUUAAUACAUGUAUAUAAUGUCCUUCAUCUUGUGUUAGCUGUACGUCAUUAACAUCUUGUAAUUUAUGUAAUCUUGGGUAUUUCUUAACCAAUCAGCAAUGCCUAUAAUGCAAAAACAAUUGUUAAGUGUGCUUUGGGACUAAUGGUUCUUUAUGCUAAAAAUGCUAUUUAGGAUAUUUUUUAUAAAAUUAAAAGUGUACAGAUACAUGCUAGUCAGUUAAUGGAAUAGGUUUUUAUGGAGAAAUUUCAACUAAAACCUGUCUCUAGUGUGAUUUAUCUUGUUUAACUUGUAUAAACAAAUUUCCAUAUACAUGUACUAGUUGUUUUGAUGGCUUUUAUUUGUAUGCUCCAAAACCAAUUAAUAGUGGUUCUUCUUCUUCUAAUACUUAAAAAGUUAUAUUUGGAACUUGUAAUAGCUGCCCUAAAGAAUCUAAAACAUGCUAUUUUGAUUAGACUUUAAAUCUUGUUUAAUCUUCUUCAUGUAACUAGGGUUACUUCUUAUAUUCUAAUGCAUGUAUAACUAACUGUCCCCAAGGAUAUUUUGCGAAUAAGAAUACAAAUGUUUGUGUGAUAUGUAAUUAAGCAUGCAAAUAAUGUUAAGAUUCUACUGUCAAUUAAUGUUCUUCUUGUACUGAUGGAUUUGUUCUUACUUAGCCUUCUUCAUGCUUACCUUGCUCUUAAUUUUUAAAUGGCUGCUUAGUAUGUUCUUCUCAGACAAAUUGUUUAAAAUGUGGCCAAAAUUUAAUUUUAUACUAAGGUUAAUGUAUUUCUACAUGUGACUAAUCUAAAGGGUUAUAUACAUUUAAUAAUUAAUGCAAGAAUUGCGUUAGUCCAUGCAUUUAAUGCACAUCUGCUACAAAUUGUAUCCUCUGUGGAGAUGGUUUUAUUCUAAGCGGUAGUGCCUGUGUUCCUUGUAACUAAUAGUGCUAAACUUGUAAUGGAACUUCAGACCACAAUUGUUCCACUUGUAGGAUAGGGUUUUAUCUAUAGCCAGUUAAUCAAGUAUAGGCGAUUUGUACAUUAUUUUGUAAUUCUGGUUAUUAUGCAAAUAAAUUGUUAGGAAGUUGUGUUUAAUGCGAUUAGUCUUGCAGUGAAUGUGCAGAUUAAGUUUCCUGUUCAAAAUGCAAUAACGGAUAUUAUUAGAUUAGUGGUUAGCCUCUUUGCUCAUAAUGUAAGGCUACUUGUUUGACUUGUACUGCUCUUACUAUGUGCACAUCUUGUGUAGCUGGUACAUUCUUAAGUAAUAAUGACUGUGUUCCUGUCUGUCCAAAGGGUUAAUUUGGUUCUAACGGUUUAUGCAUACCUUGCGAUUCUAAUUGUGACUCAUGUUCUAGUAAUUCUACAAAAUGUUAAUCUUGCCAGAUUGGGUAUUAUCUAAAUAAUAGCAAUGUUUGUAUUUAAUGUAGUUAGAAUUGCCUACAAUGUUCUUCUGCUUCUGCUUGCUUGAAAUGUGCUUUUGGAACAUUUUUAGAAAAUGGAUCAUGUAAAUCUUCUUGCUCCAACCCUAACAGCUAUUAAGAUAAAAGUUUAAAUUAAUGUGUUUUAUGCGAUUCAUCAUGCCAAACUUGCAAUGGUUCAUCAUCUAGAAAUUGUUUGAGUUGCUAUAAUGGAUAUUAUUUUUCUGUUCUUAAUUCUCCUUCAGGUAUUUGUGUAUAGUGCGACAGUAGUUGUUCAUUGUGCACAGGUCCAUCAAAUAAUGAAUGCUAAUAAUGUAAAAAAGGAGUUUAGUAUAAGCCUCCUUCCAGUUGUAUUGCCUGCCCAGUAUCUUAAUAUUUUGAUGGAAGCCAAUGCUAGUAUUGUUCAAAUUUAUGUUUGACUUGCUUUGAUUCUUCAGCUAAUAGUUGUUUGUCAUGUAAGCAGAAUUACUUCCUAGAUAUUAAUACAAAUACUUGCUAAUCUUGCCCUUAAACAUGCUUAACAUGCGUAAGCAGCACAUAUUGCACAUUAUGUGAACCAGGCUAUUUUUUACUGAAUAAUCUUUAAUGUGUAACUUAAUGCCCAGUUGGUAUGAGGGCUGAUGUCAAUUCAGGAGUUUGUAUGUGUGAUGUUACUUGUGGUAAAUGCAACUAUAAUCCUACUCAAAAUCUAACUACAUGCUAAAAAUGCAUCAAUUCAGAUUAUUUAUUGAAUGGAAAUAAUGCAGUAUGCAUUUAGGCUUCAUAAUGCCAAGGAUAUUAAGAUUUAUUAAAUGGUGCAUGUGUAUAAAAUUGUCCCCCACAAGCAACAUAUAUCGAUUUAGAUGUAAAGUCAUGCUCAAAUAACCCUUGCUUGUCUAACUAGUUUAUACAAAAUAUAAAUAAUAUUUUAUACUGCUCAACAUCUUGUCCUCCAAGUUUUUAUAAAGAAAUGCAAACUAAAUAUUGUUUACCUUGUGAUUUCAAGUGUCAAACUUGUACAGGUCCUUCAGAUAGUUAAUGUUAAGUAUGCUAAAAUAAUAAUUAUUACCAUCCUGAAAUACAAACAUGCAAAGAUUAAUGUCUUCCUGGUUAUAUUCAACUUGAUUAAACUUAAAAAGUAUGUACAGCUUGCCUAUUGAACUGUAAGAUAUGUGUUCCUAGCUUGAUUUUAUUUGAAGGAAAUUGUAUUACUGAAUGCCCUGUAGGAUAUUAGUAAGUCUUAUAAAGUUGUAAAUAUGCCCCACUAGCUGUUGUGAAGAUAUCAAAUGUAUAAAAUGGCUAAGUAAUUUCUAUAAAUGCAGAUUUUGAAGUUCAAUCUACUUUAUAUGCAACUUAAGAAAUAUAAAAUGUCGUUUGGUCUAUUACAAAAUCAUUAGAUAAAAAGUUUGCUUCAGAUUUUUCAUAAAUUUCAUCAGCUUCAUUAUCCUAAGUCAUUCCUUUUAUUAUUCUGACACCAUCUAAUAAUUUCAUAAUGUAAGUUACUGUUACUUUAAAGGAUGGUACAGUUAUUUCAGACAAAGUGAAUCUUUUAACUUCUGACACUAUGCAUGAAGGUCAGUUCAUAGUUGAUAAAACCUAAGGUGUUUCUUACAAUGACACUUUUGCAUUUUAGAUUAAUAAUUGGAGUUUUACUGAAUAGUUAUAUUUUGAUUUAAAUUUUUAUUAACUUUCUGGUAUUUAAUAAGUAAAUAUUACAAGUAAUUCAAGUUCAUAGAUGGAUUUUGUUAAAGAUGAGCUCUUUUAAUUGUAUGAACAGAUUGCUAUUAAUGGGUCUUUAACAAUAUCAUAUCAGUUUUAACCAUUUAGCUCAUAAGUUAACAUAGUUUGUGAAUUAAAAGUUUAUACAAAAGAUACAAGUGUUUAAUCCUUUAAAUAUCUAAUGAUAAAUCUUUAGCAAUACCCUGGAAAGGUAAACGAUUAUGAUUUGCUAAACGAUUAAUUAAAUCAAGUUAGUUCUACUUCUGACCCUAACUUAUUAUAGCAGCUUUUAUUUAAGUAUUCACAUCUAUUAAAGUUUAUGGUGUAAAAAGAUCAAGCUAAGCUUGCUAAAUUAAAUUAAUAAAUCAAUUUAAGGUAAGUUGCCUAGUUGAAUGGAGUUUCUAGCUAAGAUUUACCUAGCUGUGAUAGCACAAUAGAUUGUUUCUCAUAAGGAUAAUGCACAAAUAAUCCACUUUAUUAAUAAGGAUGUUUUUGUACAAGUGGAUUCUACGGUAUUAAUUGCGAAUGGGAUAGUCAUCAAUAUUAGAUAAUUACCUAAUCAUUUUAAUAAAUAUCUAAUAUUUUAAGCUCUAAACAGUUAUCUCCAAUAAUUUAGUUUUAAAUUAUUGAGAAUUUAUCUGUCUACUUUAACAUGUUCUAUCUCAACUUUUCAUCAUUAUCUACCUUAUUAAAUAUGCAUCAGUCGAUCAUAAACUAAUAUUUAUCCAAUAAUAUCGAUUAAGUAAAAGGAUAAAUUUUGUAAAGGAGUCUUUCAGUCGUAACCAGUUAACUUAAAUAAAUGGAUUAGGAUUCAACUUCUUUAAUAAAUAUGGGUUAUAAUUUACACAAUAAGGUAUCUUCUAAUUUGAAUGUAGGAGAAAAGUUAAUCACUUCAUCAGAUGCAAGUUCUUCUGUUUCUUAUCCUUAUCUUCUUUAGAAAUUGUCAAGCGAUUAGUCUAAUAAGCUUAGAAGAUUAAUACGUCUUAGAUAGUUAGAUGAUAGUUCUAAUGUUGGAUUACCAGUUGUUUUUGGAUCACUCACAGUUCAAUUCCCUCCAGAAGUUAUUUAAACAAAUAAAAAGUAAGUAAUUUAAGCUACCUCAUGGAAUCAGAAUCCUAGAUCGAACCCACUAGCAAUAACUUAAUGUAUAUCAUUAUCUGUUAGUAGCGGUGGAUAAGAAACAUCUGUAAAUAACCUCUCAUAACCAAUAACAAUAACUAUCCCUAAAUCGAUCCCUUCUCCAGUUUCUUCUGAUCCAAGUUCAAUAUCAUGUACAUAUUAUGAUGAAGCAACAAAUUCAUGGAAGACUGAUGGUUGCACAUUUGUCAAAGAAACUAUACUAAAUAUUAUAUGUUCUUGCACUCAUUUAACAGAUUUCACUGGAUAAAAAGCUUAAGUUUAGGGAAAUGCAAGCUCAAAAUUAGCAGAAAUAACAUCAACUGUGAUACUAGGAAACUCUUUGCUUUAGUAGUCUAGUUCUCAAAAAGUUGUUAUCAACUAACUUCCUGUGUUACAGAUAGGAUAACGCUCAGUUAAUUUAGUCAAUCAGUUAAAUAUAUUGUAGAGUGGAAGUGCAGUGAAUUUUGUCAAGAAAAACACUAUCCUAUUGAUAGAAAACUAGUACUAUACUGAAGAUGUCUCAGAAUUUUGGGAAUAAGAUUAAAUCACUAUCAAAAAUUAAAACAAUUAAAAUUAGUAAGAAAUUGCUGAGGGACAAGUUGUUAACAAUUUACAAAUUAUAUUUUAUGUUCUGAUAGCAUUUAACAUAUCUUUCUAUUUAAUAAUGAGAGCUCAAUUUAGAUUCAAAUAUAUUAAAGUUGAUUUUAAGUAAAUAAAAAUGUUUGAAUUAAAAUAAAAUAAAAUUGAAAGCUAAGUUGAAACAAAUUAAGUUGAAAACAAACGAAGAAAAAACAAACCUAGACUUACUGUGAUUUCAUAAAAUAAUUUCUUAAAAAGAGGAAAUAAGCUGAAGGAAAGAAGAAAUGCAUAUAUUUAAAAUUUAAGAGCGGAAUAGAAGUAAUCAAAUAUUGAAUAAAUAUCAGAAGAUAUUUAAAAGUAAUACAAACCAACUUCUUAAACAUCUAUUUUAAGUAUAGAAAACGAUAGUCAAAAUUAAAUCAAUCAAACUUUGUCUAAUCAGUAUAAUUUACCUUCAGCAAAAAGUAUUUACUAUAUUUCAUCAUAAUAGUAGAUAAAUUAAACAAAAAAUUCAACAAGUUAGCAUUCUUUGGAUGAUGAUAUUGAAAAAUAGAAAAAGCAUGAUCAUCCAAAAUUAUUUAAUGAUAGUUCAAAAGAUUUACAUAGUGAUACUAAUACACGUAUUUCUAGUAAUUAUAGAAAUUCCAGAUUUAAUUUAGCUAGAAGAGAAGAAUAAUCAGAAAAACUAAUUACUAUUAUAGAUGAAGAAGAAUUUGAGAUAAAUAGUGAAAAUGAUGAGCAAUAUAAGCUAAAUGAUAAAACAAAAAAGCCUUUAAUCACAGCAAAACCAAAUUAAAAGGAUACUAAGAAAAAAUUUCAUUCGAUGAAAGUAUUUUUAAAUGAAGGAGAAUAAGAAUAUGAAAACCAUAUUUAAGAUUAAAAGGAAAAAAGUACUAAUCCUAGAGAAUAAUCAUUGAACAAUUUGUAGAGAGUUUCAAAGUUGAUCAAAAAAUUGAAAAGAAACUAUGAAAUGCUUAAUGGAAAUAACGUUCCGAGCUUUAACAGUCUAGAAGUAUUAUCAAUAUAAAAUAAAUUAACUCAACAGAAGAAGAUUUUAUCUGAUUAAGAUGCUAAAGAUAAAAAAGUAGAAGAAAGCAAAAAUAGAAAUUUCUAUGAAACACUAGAAUAAAAGAUUUCUUAAAAUAAAGGCUUUAAAUUCUUAAAUUCUAUAUAAAAGUAGGAGGAAGCUGAAGAAUAGCUAACUAUUAUUAUGAGCUUCCAAGAAAAUCUAUCUAACAUGAUCUAAGAAAAAAAUAUCGAUACAGAAUAAUUAUACAAAAUCGAAAAUAAUGAAUUUUUAAUUUUGAUCAAAGAAGAAAUUUAAUUACCAUUUGAAGUUUAAUAGAUUUUUGAAUUAAAACAAUAAAAACAGUAUGAAUAAUAAUACAUCAACAAAAUCAAGAAAAAUUCAAAAAAAGUUAAAUCAGAUGCUGAAGAAAAUAAAUUAAAAGAAAUGAACUUAAUAUUAAAGCGCAUUGAUCAAGAAAUAGAGUCAAAGCAAAGAAUUAUAAAACUAAUGAAAAAUAUUAUUAACUAAUAAUUACAGAUUAAUUCACUUUCUAUAUUUUAAUUUUAUUCGUUAUGCACUUAUUAUGAUAGGCUAUUUAGCAAUCGUUAGACAAAGAGCAUUUACUUUAGCUGCUAAUUAGUAUUAGCAAUAUUUACUAAUAUAGUAUAUAACUCAUAUCUAAAUUAAUACUUUGAAAUAAACACCUAAUUUGGUAUAUUUGAUUUAUAUUUGUAUAGGAUAUUAGUUACUGUUGCUAUUAGUCAUGCAAUUCCUUACUUCUUCUUUGGCAUGCUAACUAAUAUAUUUGCUUCAAGCUCGAAAAGGAUAAAUAAAAUGCAGUCACUUGAUUUUAAUACAAUUAAUUCUCUAAGAAAAGAUUUCAUGAUCUACUAUAUAGUAAUCGGAUUCCUUUAAAUGGCAUCAUGUCUUGGAGGAAUUUAUUUUUAUAGUUUAAAUCAAACACUGUUGAAUAGCUUUAGUUUAAGCUAUCAUGUUGCAGAAGUUUUCAUAUCACUUUUGAUAAGUGGAGUAUUUAUAGAUGGUAUAUUUUUCUUAGCUUAUUUGUACUUACUCUCUCCUCAAGAAAAGCUGGAAGAUGGAAUUUUAAAUAAAAUAAUUGCUUGCAGAGGAUUUUAUUAUUACAAGGGAUUUGAUAGUUUAGAAAUAUAUAAAUAAUAUUACUUUUCAAUAAUCAUGGAAGAUUAUUGA